CCACAGCGUGCAACGGUUCGUUUCAAUAAGCGUUUUGAGUUCGAUUCGAGAGGAUCAAUUCAACACAGUGUUUGCUUGCCUCCAGCGUGCUCCUAGCUCGGCUUCAUCGAAAUUCCAAUUUUCCCAUCUAAUCACACCGUAUAUUAACACCAGCAAUCACCACCACUCCGCGAUGGCUUACCGUUUCGCCUGCGUUCUGCUGACCGUGGCCCUGUGUGCCGCCCCGGCCCUUAGCUUCUCGGCCGGUGCACCGAACGGUGCCUGCGGCGACAUGAUCCCGCAGCAUCACACCGACCCGCAGAAGUCGGCCGCCCCGUACCAGAUCAUCCUCUCGAAGAAGCAGAUCAACGCCGGCGAAGGUGUCACGAUCACCGUGCAAGGUAACAGCGCCAAGGACACGAUCAAGGGGCUGCUCUGCCAGACGCGCGUAGGCGAAACGCCGGUCGGUGCAUUCGACGUGCCGCCGAACAACAACUACAUCCAGAAGCUGGACUGUGGCAACUCCAAGGCGUCGGCCAUUACGCACAAGAAGAUUACGACCCCCCCGAACGCCAUCACCUUCAACUGGAUCGCCCCGAAGGGACUGAGCGAGCAGGCUCAGGUCUACUGUACGAUCGCACUGAACGGUGGCGUCUUCUGGGUGAAGCACACGUCCGACUUCCUGAAGGUGAACUAAGCACUGGACGGGGACGUCAACCAACCGGUGUGUAUGUCUGCGGUCCCGGUGACCGGCCACCCGGGGAUGUACCUUUUUACGAGUGGUUCAGAGCAGUAUUAUGGAGCGGAGAGCGAGCAAACCUACUACUAGAGAGCUGACUUUUUUUUGUUCACCAUCGGGAAGACUGUGUCUUUCCGAUUUUUACCCAACCGGACAACUCAUUCUCAUUAGCUUACGAAGAUUUUCCACACCCCAAAUCUUCCCGUUUUACCUGAAAUGACAAUAAAAACACAUUAUU